CGUUCUCGGAAGCGGAACAGCAUUCUUUCUAGUGCUGCCGAUUGGUUCUUCCUUCGAAAGUCAACACAAUGCAAGUCCUUCGAAGCUACGGACGUCCUUCCAGCGUCGCUCUGUCGUUGUGGCUGUUGUUGCUGUUACUGCUGUCGACGAUUGUCGAAGGAGCCAUCGGGGUCACGACGAAUCGUACGUCAGCCUUGGAGGAGGCCCGACUCCAGCGGGAAAAUAUGGUCCGCAAGUAUCUGAAGCGGUUGAAGAAGGAAGAAGGAGCCCUGAAGUUGAUCGGUGGACGCGGAGACUACGAAGGCAAUGUGGAGAUCUUUCAUGCCGGCAAAUGGGGCGCCAUUUGUGAUGACGAGUGGGACGCCAGCGAGGCGGAAGUAGUCUGCCGACAGCUGGGCUUCCCGGGCCCGGUACGACCGACGCACACCGGGUACUUUGGCCGAGCGAAGCGCAAGUUCUGGAUGGACAAUCUGUACUGUGGCGGCAAGGAGCAGGAACUGGGCGACUGCCAUUUCGAUGGUUGGGGUACGAAUGAUUGCGAAGCCAGCGAAGCAGCCGGAGUGAUCUGUAAGCAGCACGAUGAGGACGAGGAGGAGGACGAUUCUCGAUCGACACCGAAACCGGUGCCGGUGGAGGCGCUAGUGCCGAAGGUUCGUCUCGAGGAACGGCUCGAAGUACGUCUCGUCGGUGGCCGGGCGGAUGGUGAGGGACGAGUGGAAGUGCGCAUUAUCGGUAAGGAUGGUGCCGGCCGGUGGGGCAGUGUGUGUGGUGAUGGUUGGGGUCUGCUCGAGGGUAACGUGGUGUGCCGGGAGCUUGGCCUUGGUUACGCCAACAAUGCCGUCCAGACGGAUUUUUUCUCCGAAAUCGAGUUACCGGCGGUGCUGCUGAGUGGUACGGAGUGCUAUGGUAACGAGAGCUCAUUGGCCGACUGUUUGCAUGCCGGUCCGGUCUGGAUCGAAGGACCGGAUGCACGUUGCAGCGAGCGUCGUGGGCACGUCGCCGCCGUAACCUGCGUUCCGGCGAUGGCCGACCUGGUGUUCGAUCAUGUGGAGAUGGAACAAUCGUUGCAUCUCGAGGAUCGGCUCAUGUACUUGCUGCAGUGUGCGAUGGAGGAGAACUGUGUGGCUUCGCAGGCGUACGAAAUCCAGCGCGACAAUCCGAACUGGCAUCUGGAGACGCGUCGGUUGCUGAAGUUUACGGCACGGGUCGUCAAUACGGGGACGGCCGACUUUCGGCCACACAUUCCGAAGCACCUGUGGGAGUGGCAUCUGUGCCAUAUGCACUACCACAGCAUGGAGGUGUUUGCGACGUUCGAUGUGAUCGAUGCAGGUGGUCGAAGGGUGGCCGAGGGCCAUAAGGCUUCGUUCUGUCUCGAGGAUAACCAGUGUUUGCCCGGCAUUGAGCCACGGUAUGCGUGUGCCAACUAUGGGGAUCAGGGCAUUUCGGUGAAUUGUUCCGAUAUCUAUCGGCACAAUAUCGAUUGUCAGUGGGUUGACAUUAGCGAGCUGGAUUUUGGUGAGUACCAGUUUAAGGUGUCCAUCAAUCCGGAGUUUAAGGUACCGGAGAUGAGCUUCGACAAUAAUGCGGCCCGGUGUCGGCUACUGUACACGCCGACCUACGCCCGGGUGUACGAUUGUGUGCUCGGUCGACCGUGACACGGUCCUAAAUGGAUUCAUGAGGACUUUUUCUACAUCGCCUUUUUUGGUCGCUAGAUGAAUCGAUUAGCUAGAAAUAAAACUCCAGGAGCAAUAGCAAUAAGCAAUAUUGUAAAAUAGCAAUAAGCAAAGCGCUCAUUAACGAGACUUAUUCACGUGCAAAAAAAAACGUCUAAUGGUGCCUCGGUUGGUUCUUGGCAAUUAAUAAGGAUUACACGAUGCUAAUGGUCAACGGUGCAUGGAGGACAGCAAUAAACUUCGCUUUGAA